AUGUACAGCCUUUGGAAAUCGAUAGCGUUAUUUGGAGAGCUUGUUGUUGGACAAGGCUUCAAGGAAGCCUUUUGUCCUGGAUACCCGAGAAACCCUGAUUCUCCUAUCAGGGAAAUUGACUACAUAGGGCGAAACUUUCGAGAAAUCGACUUUGAUAAGAAACCCCUUGUGAUCGGACCCUUUCGGGGGUUUGACUUCUUUGGCGACGGUUCUUUCUACCUCCUUGAUACGCCAGGCCAUGCCAUUGGUCAUUUGGCUGGCCUUGCACGUACGACCACUGGUCCCGACACUUUCAUUUUCAUGGGUGGCGACCUCUGUCACCAUGGAGGUGAGAUCCGACCAUCGCCAUACCUCCCGAUUCCACAACACCUAUCCCAACAUCUGUCACUGUCUGACUCACUACGGCUUCUCUUGUCAAGUUGUCCGGCGACGGUACUAGACGAAGUGAAUGUAGAGCGUGGCCGCAAGACUGGGGAGACAUUCUUCGAUCCAAACAUAGGAUUUGACAUAGAACAAGCAAUAAAAACCAUCAAAGAGGCGCAGAAGGCAGAUGCUCAAGACCACAUCUUUUUCAUAUUCGCGCACGACAUGUCGGUCAUGGGUAUCGUCGACGAAUUCCCAAGUACUUUGAACGAUUGGAAAGGGAAAGGAUGGAAGGAGAAGACUCAAUGGAGAUUUUUGAAUGAUUUUGAAGAAGCUAUCAAGGAGGUAUAG